CCCCUGGCAUAUCAGCCCCUGUCCUCUAGUCGUCCACCACAUCACCACAGAGAACGUCAAGAUCGCAUCCAUCUUCAACUAGAAAUGGUUUACAAACUACAUCUGACCCAGGCAAUCCUCCCCGAUUCCGUGCGUAUCGGUAAGGAGUCAUUCAAAUGCUCCGGUAUGCAUGCAGGCUAAAGCGUAUUCUUGUGAAUUUGGGAAAGGUCAUUUAAAGUGGAAAGUGCGUGUGCGUCGAGUAGGCUAUGAUUUGUGACAAAGGAAAGAUAAAGAAGAGGAAGCUUCAACAGUAACUUCAGGUCUCAUUGCGAAAGCGCCUUUAUACAACACCACGGAAUAAUCAUGCCUGUUCGGAGAGGUCACGUUGCGCCACAAAAUACAUUUCUUGGAAUAAUAAUACGGAAAUUCGAGGGACAGAAUAGGAAAUUUGUUAUAGCCAAUGCCCGGGUACAGAACUGUGCGAUCAUCUACUGUAAUGACGGAUUCUGUGAGAUGACCGGCUAUUCCAGACCGGAUGUCAUGCAGAAGCCAUGCACCUGUGACUUCCUCCACGGCGAGCACACUGACACACAUGCCAUCAGCCAGGUGGCCCAGGCUCUGAUGGGCUCAGAGGAGCGCAAGGUGGAAAUCACAUAUCACCGCAAAGAUGGGUCAGACUUCCAGUGCUACACUCACAUAAUCCCGGUGAAGAACGAGGAAGGCGUAGUGAUGCUGUUCAUCCUAAACUUUGAUUACGUCCUUGAGGAAGGAAGCAGCGACUCGACAGAGAAACUGAACCACACAUCCCCGGAAAGAACUGAUUCCGGAAAGGGACGAUUCUUCCGAUUCCGCCAGGCUGCCUUGAGUCUGGUCUCCAACAAACAGUCUCUUCCACAAGAGGACCCAGAUGCCGUCAUGGUGGACUCACCCUCCUCCUCGGUGGCUCUGACCAAUUUCCAGUCGCCUCCGACCAAGGAAAACUGCAGCCCCACCAAUGCCAAAGACACACGGGCCCUCAUCAGCUCCAGCCACCACUCCUCCCAGGCCAGUUUGCAUGGACCCGGACCUCUGAGCCACUCCUCUCCCAAGCAGUACCCCUGGGAAAGGUUGUACCAGACGGAGGCGCACCAGUCCACCACCUGCCUGGCACACACCAUCUCCAGAGGCAGCAUCAGCGGGAGCAGCAUGAGGCGAGCGUCCUCCGUCCACGACAUAGAAGGCUUCAGCAACUCCAAGAGCAUGUUCAGGGACCGACACGCUAGUGAAGGUCCGUUCAAUCAUUUCAAGUCCAGUUUGCUGGGCUCCACCUCGGAGUCCAACAUCAACAAGUACAGCACCAUCAACAGGAUCCCGCUGAUUGCGCUCAACUUCGCAGAGCGGAAUAACGAAAAUAAGGCACAAUCUCCUCCAUCGUCAGAAAACACUAUCAUAGCACCCAAGGUCAAGGACAGAACGCACAACGUCACUGAAAAAGUCACACAGGUACUGUCACUUGGCGCUGAUGUCCUUCCAGAAUACAAGCUCCAGACUCCACGCAUGGACAGAUUCACCAUCCUCCACUACAGUCCCUUCAAAGCUAUGUGGGACUGGCUCAUCCUGCUGCUGGUCAUCUACACAGCCAUUCUUACUCCCUACUCUGCUGCUUUCCUACUCAAUGACCGCGAGGAGCAAAUGAGGCGCGAGUGUGGAUACUCCUGCAAUCCCCUGAACGUGGUGGAUUUCAUGGUGGACAUCAUGUUCAUCGUUGACAUUGUUAUCAACUUCCGAACCACCUAUGUGAAUCUGAACGAGGAAGUGGUCAGCCAGCCAGGGAAGAUUGCCAUUCAAUACUUCAAAGGCUGGUUCCUUAUAGACAUGGUGGCUGCGAUCCCCUUUGACCUGCUUAUCUUCGGUUCAGGAUCAGAUGAAACUACCACUCUGAUUGGCCUGUUAAAGACAGCCCGACUGCUGCGAUUGGUGCGUGUGGCCAGGAAACUGGAUCGUUACUCUGAGUAUGGAGCUGCUGUGCUAAUGCUACUCAUGUGCAUCUUUGCACUUAUUGCUCACUGGCUAGCCUGCAUAUGGUACGCCAUUGGCAAUGUGGAGAAGCCUUACCUGGAGCACAAGAUUGGUUGGCUCGACAAUCUGGGUGUCUCCAUUGGCAAGAGGUAUAACUACAGUGACCCUAGUUCUGGGCCCUCCAUCAAGGACAAAUAUGUCACAGCACUUUACUUCACAUUCAGCAGUCUAACCAGCGUGGGCUUUGGGAAUGUCUCCCCAAAUACCAACUCAGAAAAGAUCUUCUCUAUCUGUGUCAUGCUGAUCGGCUCCCUCAUGUAUGCCAGCAUCUUCGGUAACGUCUCAGCCAUCAUCCAGCGGCUGUACUCUGGCACAGCAAGAUACCACACCCAGAUGCUCCGGGUUCGAGAGUUCAUCCGCUUCCAUCAGAUCCCCAACCCACUAAAGCAGAGACUGGAGGAGUACUUCCAACACUCCUGGACCUACACCAACGGCAUCGACAUGAACACGGAGGUGUUAAAAGGAUUCCCUGAGUGUCUUCAGGCAGAUAUCUGCCUCCACCUCAACCAGGAUCUGUUGGAGAGCUGCAAGGCCUUCCAUGGAGCUACCAAGGGCUGCCUGAGAGCCCUGGCCAUGCGCUUCCAGACCACCCACGCCCCCCCAGGGGACACCCUGGUCCACUCUGGAGACGUCCUCACAGCACUUUACUUCCUGUCUCGGGGCUCCAUAGAGAUCUUGAAGGAUGACAUUGUGGUGGCCAUUCUGGGUAAAUGCAGUUGA